AUGACCGUCCAAAGCCCGUUGCCUGCCCUGCUGUUGGCAUUUGUGUUCUGCAGUGUGGAACUUUCUGAAGGCCUUCAGUGUCCGCAGGGCUUUGAAGAUGUGGGGAAUAUGUGCCUGUAUUUUUCUCAAGAAAAAGUAAGCUGGGCUGAUGCAAAACAGGACUUAUUCCAACACUACUGGCUGAGUGGUAAUCAGAAAAGAGAUAGAAAUGGACACUGGUACUGGACCUGGGACUCCAAGUAUUGUCCGAGAAAUGAAUUUUUCUGGGCGCCCGGAGAACCAAAUGAUUAUUAUGGUUCUGAGGACUGCAUCCAGUGGUACACUAAGUGGAAUGGUUAUAAGAGCAUUAACGAUGCCAUAUGCAGCGACCACAAUCCUUACAUUUGUGAAAUACGCAAUGUUGAUGGGGGUUGGGGUGCAUGGCAAAUUGGAUCGUGCUCAGUUACUUGUGGAAUUGGUGUGCGUGUUCACAAACGCCUUUGCAAUAAUCCUACUCCAAGAUUAGAUGGAAGAUACUGUGUUGGGUCUGGAAGAAGCACUGAGCUGUGCAUAUUGAAGCCAUGUCCUAUUCACGGAGGCUGGUCGAGCUGGGGAAGUUGGAGUUCUUGUACCCAUUUUUGCGGAGGAGGUACAAGAAAGCGGUAUCGCUCAUGUACCAAUCCGACGCCUCAGCAUGGCGGAAACGAUUGCUCUACAUCGAUUUUAUCACACACUCAUACAGAGCAGUGCAACGUCCAACCUUGCCGUAUUGACGGAGCCUGGGCAGACUGGGCCGGUUGGACCCUAUGUACAAGGACAUGUGGAGGUGGUACUAUGAUGAGAACUCGUACAUGUACCAACCCGAAACCUCAACACGGAGGAAAAGACUGCAUCAGGGGCAAUGCCACGCAAAUUACACAAUGCAAUGUAAUCGAUUGUCCAACUUGUCAGCUUCAUGACGUUCCUGGUACCAGCAGGUCCGUGCUUGGUCCACGUCUGAAGGAGAACGAGUCUGUACGAUAUUAUUGCUUGCCUGAAUAUAAGCUUGUUGGAGGCAGCGAAGUUCGAACAUGUCAGGCGAAUGGGUCUCUGUCCAACGAAGAACCUAAAUGUACUAAAUGUUGCGGAAAGGCGCGAUAUAUUCCAAAUGGUAUCCCAGACAUGGACGCAGGCAUUUGCUUCGGAGAUGCUGUUACCUAUAGGUGUGAAAGCGGCUAUAAAUUGUCCAAUGACACUCCCGUCACUUGCAACUCCCCAUACGAAUGGCGAUACAUAGAAUUACCCAAGUGCAAAGCGGAUGGAAACUGUAACUCCAGUGCUAUUGCUGGACCAGCAGGUGGUUAUAAAGCAUGUUCCGGAAGUGACACGGAUAAAGUUUGCUACAUGCAUUGUUCCAACGGCCUGACGUACGUGAAUGAACACAGUAUAUUUGAAUGUGGGGCUAAGACAGGCUGGGAGUGGAAGGUUCCUAUGAGAGGUGGAAACAAUUAUCAAAGGGGUACUGUAGGACCUUGCGAAGUAUCUGACGAUCCAGCUGGGCUAUUAAUGUUCCUUGAGGGAAGUGAUUUAACACUACAAACCUCUGAUUUGACAGAAGCUCUAAAAGAGGAAAUAAAAAACGAAAUGAUGAAAGAAUUGGCAGCUCUGAAUAUAUGCUCAGACCCUUGUCAGAUCAGAGAUAUUGAAAUAGAAACUAUCGCCAAUGGAUAUAGACGAGCAGUGCUGCAAGAGAAGCUAUUACGCAUGAAGAUCACUUUAUAUGCAGCUCCUCCCAAAGGGGCCGUCACCACGCAACAAUCUGCAAGAAUAGAACUGUCUAAGGCCAUGAAGUUGUUGAACACAAAGGCAGCGGCACUCAAACAGGCAAUAUUAUCCCAGUCAGUAACGUUGCAUAUCAAUGGCACUCCCGCAAAAGUGGGAGGGACGAACUUGCGGAUUUCCAGACCAACUUUGGCGUGUUCUGCAGGUUCCAUUAGGAAAGCCUUUGAAUGCUUUGCCUGUCCAGAAGGAACAUACCACGACGUAGCUGAAAAGAAAUGCGCCUCAUGUCCAUUUGGUCAGUAUCAAGACGAGCGCGGCCAGAUGUCCUGUAAAUUGUGUCCAAAUGGCACAACCACGGAUAGAAUUGGGGUCACCAAUUCUACUCAAUGCAGAGAAUACGAAGGGUGCGACUGUGGCAUCCACCCAUGCACCCUCAAUGGUACUGACUUCAAAUGUGACUGUCUUCCUGGAUAUGAGGACAUCAAUGGGACGUGCACAGAUAUUGACGAAUGCCUAACUGACAUUUGUCCUCCAAACUCCCGUUGCAUCAACAAAGAGGGGUCGUAUAGAUGUGAAUGCUUACCUGGCUUCAAGGGAGGAUCUUGUACUGAUAUAGAUGAAUGUAAAAUCCCCUCCACGUGCUCCAACCCCAGGACUCAGUGUGUUAACACCGUGGGGAGUUAUGACUGCUUAUGUCUUCGAGGGUUCUACGGAAAUAAUUGUGAACGUAAUUGUCCGGUGGGAUUCGUGCAGAGUGACAGUAGCUGCUACUUGAUAACGGAGAAGACGAUGACUUUUGACGAUGGACGUCUCAUGUGUGACAGAGCUUACAACGGGUCACAUCUGGUUGAUAUUAAGGACAAAAGGACUUACAAACUGGUCGCAAAGCUUCUUCAGUCUGCUUCAUAUUGGACAGGUUUAAACGACCGAUCACAAGAAGGGAAAUUCGUCUACAGUGACGGGGGUCAAAUGUCUGCGUAUAGUGAAUGGAGCAACGGUAACACCCAGCCGUCGUCCAAUGACCCUACGAAAAACUGCGUCAUUAUAGACGGGUCAGCAGCGUUCACGUGGGCAGUUGUUGACUGUAAAGAAAACCAUCUAGCUAUCUGUGAGCUUGAGAGAGAUAACUGAAUUCUGAAGUUAGAAUAAUGUAAGAGCUAUCACAAACUAUGUGAAACAGCAAUUGGAUUAGAGAUACCAGUUUGCGGUUUAAAAUGAACAUGUAUUAAAACAGAUGCUUAUAUUUUAAUGUCGGUAUACUUUCUACAUAUCUUGGGAUAAUUGGUAAAACAAUGGUGGGUAUCAACAUUUAACUAAACAGAAAAUUCUUCUUUCAUAAUUUACAAGUGUACGCUCAAUUAGAAUGUUGGCCAUGUCUCUUUAUAAUAAAUCAACAAUAAAAAGGGUCUAAUAUUCAGACUUCAUUUGUUC